GUGACCGUGUAAUUUUCGCUGAGAGUCCUUCGGCUCCAGGUGUUCCUGUGGUGUACCGCACUCCGGAUGAGAGGUCUUCCAACCCCGACAGACUCAACCUUGACAGGAGGAAGCUGUCAGUAUGCCCGAUCCUGGAGGGAGAGGAACAGCUGCGACUGCUCAACUACCAGCACAACCAGAUCGUCCGGAUCCAGCAUCUGUCUUCCCUCAAGCGCCUCAUCUUCCUGGACCUCUACGACAACCACAUAGAGGAGAUCUCUGGCCUGGCCGCUCUCAAGUCUUUGAGGGUCCUCAUGUUAGGGAAGAACAGAAUAAAAAAGAUUGAAAACUUGGACUCUUUACUCAAACUGGAUGUCCUUGACCUUCAUGGAAAUCAGAUAUCAAAGAUUGAAAACUUGAACCACCUGUCGGAGCUGAGAGUUUUGAACUUGGCAGGUAACGCCAUCUCCUAUGUGGAUGAGCUGAGGGGUAUUGACUCUUUGGCAGAGCUGAACCUGAGACGCAACAAAAUACGCACAGUGACUGAGAUAGACAACCUGCCAAACUUACAGAGAUUGUUCCUUAGCUUCAAUGAAAUUUGCAGUUUUGAGGAUGUCCAGUGUUUGGCCGACUCCAACAGCCUGUCGGAGAUCUCCCUGGAUGGCAACCCGAUCUGCCAGGACCCCAGCUACAAGCAGACGGUGCUCCGACACAUGCAGCAGCUCAAGCAGCUGGACAUGAAGCGAGUCAGCGAGGAAGAAAGACGAUUGUCUCUUGUAAUGGCAAGAAAGGAGGAAGAGAAGCGCAGAGAAAUGAACAAAAUAGCCAUGCUCAAGGAGAAGCGUCGACUUGCCAUCAACAAUGCCAAACGUCAGUGGGAGAGCAUGCAGGGUUCCAUGAUGAGCAGGACCUCUCGACUGGUCAAAGUGAGCACCACCAUGCCUGAGCUCUUUGCCAACCACAUCGGCUCUGUGCCCAAUAUGGAAAUGACAUCACCACCGGGGCCAGAGAUGGACGGCUUGGACUUAGAGUCUCUGACCAGCAGUGACCUGAGGAGCCGGCCAUGCAGUGCACGCAGCAAUGUGACGGAUGCUGAGAACUCACAGGAUGAAGUUCAGAAGGAUAGGUCAAGAAGUGGUAGCCGGCGAAGAGAACUCAGAUUCCCACUGCGGACAGAGAGUUCAAAAGAUUCUGGUAUAAGUGGCGCCACCACAGUGAUAGGAGAUGGGCUGAACAUGCUGGAGCAGAUAGAAGGAGACACACUCUCCUUGUACGGGCCUCAGUCGCUGGAUGCGUUCGACCGUAACUGGGGUGUGCAGGCAGCUGGUGCGGUCAAUGUCAUUGUCUUCAAGUUCAUCGACUUUGAUGCUAUUGUCAAGCAGCUACCCAAAAUCAGAGUGCGGUUUCCAGCGACUCAGAGCCUGGUGUUCUGUUCCACCAACAUUCACAGCCUGCGACAGAUCAACGCUCUCUCAGCCGUCCGCCGCCUGGACAAUCUGACCAUUGACCUAGACGGGAACCCGGUGACCAAGUUCACUCUGUGGAGGAUGUACACUGUGUUCAGGCUGGCCCACUUUGCCCUGAAGAAAAUUAAUGAUGUUGAGGUGUCAUCUGGUGAUAUUGUGAAUGCAGAAAAGUUGUUUGGGCCAUUAUCUCACGUGGCCACAUCACAGCUGCCCCAGUACCGCUUGCUGUCGCUGAUGAGUGACUCUAGACGGAAGCAGACUGUGGUUACAGAGGGCAGGAAGAUAGGUGAAGGGGGCAAGGGAGGCAAUGACAAGGCACACUCUGAACUUAUUGGACGGGCUGGGUUGGCUUAUUCUGUGCCAGAGACGAAGCAGGAUCCAGAUGGAAAGCGCCACUUUGCCCACAACUACUUGACUGAGAUGACAAAAGAGGCAAUUUUUAACGACCGCAAGCGAACAGAGUUGAUGAAAAUCUGGCCUAACUUGAUAGUGGAUAUGGUUCAACGUGCUCUGACGGAUAUGUCAGAUAUGGAUUCUUACAUGAAACGUUCACUGGAUGAAAUGGAAAGAUCUUAAUUAAAAGAGAAUCAUGUCAUUAUCCUUCUGCUUUCAAAUAAAAAUUCAUGUAAGAUUAAAAUUAUUUCCCUUUAUAUUUGUACCUGAUUGGGAUUUAUGAAUGUCUGAAAGCAAGAUAUUAAAUCAUGAUACCAGACAUGUGUUC